AUGAGCUCUCAAGACAAGAUUCAUUUCGGACCAUUUGAGGUCACCAGCCAGGUCUUCUACAAGACGGCUCACUCCUUUGCCCUGGUAAACCUCAAGCCCCUCCUCCCAGGCCACGUCCUCAUCUGCCCCCUGAAGCCCCAUAAACGUCUCACGGAUCUUCCGCCCACCGAGGUGACGGACCUCUUCGCAACGACACAGCUGGUCCAGAAGAUGCUCGCGCGCCGCUACUUCACCUCGUCAACGCAGUCCGAACCGGCAGCGCCGGAGGCCGGGUCGUUUAACAUUGCGGUACAGGACGGCGCCGACGCGGGUCAGACGGUGUCGCAUGUUCAUGUCCACAUCAUCCCGCGCAUCCCCGGCAAGACGGGGAAAGACGGGGAAGGGCCGAGGGAUGAGAUCUACGAGCAGAUGUCUGCCGAGGAGGGCAAUGUCGGCGGCGCACUAUGGGACGCGGAACUGGGUCGGAGGCCUGAGGCGGGAGGGAAAUUUGCGAGAAUUGAGGAUGCGACGAGGAAGGCGAGAGGUAUGGAUGAGAUGGUGGCAGAGGCGAACUUGUAUCGAGACCUUUUGAAGGAUAUGGGUGUCUUGGGCGAGAGCUAG